UCAAUGGUCUCUAUAUAUUGUUACUGUGCCAACGCAUUGUGAGGCCACAAGUACCUAACACACAGCUAAGCUUUUGGAACUUAGAGUUAAGCAGUUACCUUCCUCCAACUAUAAUAUCUCAUCCAAUCAAAACCCUUUUCUCAAUUGUCUCUCUCUCUGACUCACUCCACAAUAAGUGUCGAUUUUUUCCUAAAUAAGUGAAAGUGUAGUUACACCUUUUUUUGUGUGUUUACCACUUUUGAGUGCCACAGAGUUCUGAGUUUCAUAGGAGAAAAAAAAUGACAGAAGAACAAACCAAAACGGUUGAGUCAGAAUCAGUAACACCACCACCUGCUGCUGCUGCUCCUUCACAGGUUCCUCCUGCUGCUGAGGCUGAACAUGUUCCUGAGGCUCCAAAGGAUGUGACUGAGGAGAAAUCUGUAAUUCCAGUGCCUUCUUCUGAUGACAAGCCUGAUGAAUCCAAGGCUCUUGUCUUGGUUGAGAAGACUCAAGAAGUUGCUGAAGUGAAACCAACUGAGGGCUCUAUCAACCGAGAUGCGGUGCUUGCAAGAGUUGCAACUGAGAAGAGGUUGUCAUUAAUCAAAGCAUGGGAAGAAAGUGAAAAAUCAAAAGCUGAAAACAAGGCUCACAAAAAGCUUUCAUCAGUUUCUGCAUGGGAAAACAGUAAGAAAGCUGCAGUGGAGGCGGACCUGAAAAAGAUUGAAGAAGAACUGGAGAAGAAAAAGGCAGAAGCUGCAGAGAAAAUAAAAAACAAAAUUGCUACAAUCCACAAGGAAGCUGAAGAAAGAAGAGCAAUAAUUGAGGCAAAGAAAGGGGAAGAUCUUCUUAAGGCAGAGGAGCAAGCUGCAAAGUAUAGAGCAACUGGAACAGCUCCAAAGAAACUCCUUGGUUGUUUCUAAUGCUUUAAAUCUUAAGCAUUGUGGGAAACAAAAAAAAAUGGUUAAUUUUUAUUGAGUAUCUUUGGUUAUUAACUCUCAUCAAUACAAGUGUGUUUUUAGUUUAUAUGUUGGAGAUUUAGUUCAUGUUCAUUUAUUAUGCGUGAAAACCGACAUGUUGGCGUGUAUAUACCAACUACUUUGUGGAUAAAGAAAUUAAAUUAUUCAAUCUGUGUAUUAGUUACUUGUCGCUUGAAGUCA